GAAUUAGUAGUAAGAAUGAGUAGUAAUGUUAUAGAAUUAGUAGUAAGAAGAGAUGUUAUUAGUCCAAUUAUAAAUAAUAUACUUCAAGAUGAAGAUUCACAAACUGAAUUUAAUAAUCUUCAAAGUAUUUACAAUAGAUUAUUAAAUAUUUUAAGCGGAGAACUCAAACAACUUUUAGACAUCACAUUAUGCUCCAAUAGGAUACAAGUGAAGGGUUUUAAUUUCUUGGUAAAUAGUUUUUGGAUUGAAAUAGAGGAAAAAAUUGAUCAGCAAUUGAAAUAUAUUUUUGCACCUGGAAAUCCUGAAUUGUUCCAUAAAAGAUAUACAGAAACAAUGUGGUUUCGAAAAAAGCUGGAAGAAUUCUAUAAUGUACCUGCUCAUAUAAGCAUAUUGAAAGAUCAUCUACAAUAUAAAAAUUUUCUUAAGAAAUGGAAUCUACCAGUUUAUUUCCAAAUUCGUUUUCAAGAAAUAGCCGGUACAGUCGAAACAGCAUUUAAAAAGUCUAUUUCACCUGAAUUGAUUAAAGAAUCUGCAAAUAUUCUAAUGCUAGAAGAAUUUUCUCUUUACACAACGUCUAUCGUCUGGAAUUGUUUGUACAGGAUAUGGUCUGAAAAUAUAUAUCUAUCUCAACUUUUUCAAGAAUUUUGGAAAUUGACUCUGCAAGUAUGUUCAAGAUAUCAAACAUGGGCUUGCACAGCAAUAAGACAAAAGUGGCAAGAAAGUAAUAAGUCUGAAAGUAUAGCAAAUAGUAAUCGUUAUACUAAAUUGGAUUUCCUGAUACAUUUGUAUUGUGAUGAUUACAAUUCCAAUAAAUUAUUCUGUAAUGUAUGCAUUUCCCAUAGAACUUUUUAUAAUAAAGCUCAACUUCUUAAAAAUGUUAUUGUAACUAAUAAGAACGGAAUUCAAGGGAAUAUUUCUACGCUUCAGUUAAAAAAAAGACCUAUACGGAAACACAAGUCUGUUGUAAGGGAAGAGGCAUCUUUAAUAUAA